AUGUUUGAAGGGCGUGAGAUCAAACUGGUUCAUACAUGUGCAGCCUUCAUCACUAUGAAUCCUGGUUAUGCUGGACGGACAGAAUUACCUGAUAAUUUACAGGCUUUGUUUAGACCUAUAUCAAUGAUGGUACCAGAUUAUGGUCUGAUUGCUGAAGUUAUCUUGUACUCAGAAGGAUUUGAGUCCUCCAGAACAUUAGCCAAGAAAAUGGUUCAAAUGUACAAACUGUGUAGUGAACAACUCUCGCAACAAGAUCAUUAUGACUUUGGUAUGCGAGCUGUAAAAUCUGUCCUGGUUAUGGCUGGCAGUUUAAAAAGACAGAAUCCUGACAAACCGGAAUAUGUAGUUCUGAUUCGAGCGCUUCGUGAUAGCAAUCUUCCAAAGUUUUUGUUCAACGAUGCUAAACUGUUUAAAGAUGUAACCCUUGCUGCUGCCUGUUCGCCUCCUGGUGGCGGUAGAAAUCCUGUGUCACCAAGGUUAUUUCGACAUUUUUCCAUGUUCACCAUGCCAUCCCCAACUGAAAUGAGCCUAAAACAGAUGUUUUUAGCAAUCAUCAAUGGGUUUUUACUAGACUUCUCUCGCAAUGCCCGUACAUUAGCUGAACCAAUAGUUAACUCAGCUGUUGAACUCUAUUUUAGAAUGAGCUCAGACCUACUUCCUACGCCUGCCAAAUCUCACUACAAAGCUUUAGAAGUGAAAGAAUUGUUGUUUGAAAAUUAUUAUCACCUCAAAGCUCAAGAGUGA